AUGACCGAAGAUUUUAUGUUGUUGCAAGAAUGGGUAACAAAUACUAAUACCUUUUUAAGUAUUGAUUCUAAACAUAAGUCUCAAGAGUUAUCAGAUAAGCAUAUUUCACCUUAUGGAAGUUCAAAAAAGCAAAAGACACAAGAAGAUAAAGUGGUGGACUUUUCAAAUUUGGAUGAAAAGGAACUUGCCACUUUUUUAAAGCGAGCUCACCAAAACAAGCAUUUGAAACUAAGGGAAGAUCAUUUGAAACUAUUGUUACAAUAUUUGGAAGAAAAGGACUUUAAUAGUGAAUCUCUCUUGGCUGUGGAAGAGGAAACACUCAAAGUUACCUUGAAAAACGCAGGUUUACACGAAGGACCAAUUCUAAAUAUUUGUUGCUUUAUUAAACAAUUAAAACAUUCACAAUAUUAA